UGUUACAGGUCUGAGAGAGUGUCCGAAUACCUGGUGCGAAUCGUUCCUGCGCCGCUAUACACCGAAACCGGCUUUGUUAUCAGUUCGACAGAGGCGAUUAAUAAGAGAACCGAUACUUGCCAUUUUAACAAACAGGACACGUUUAAAUUACUUGCAGAUGUCGGUACUAUAUUUUCCGUGCAACAAUCUGAGACAGCCAAAGUACAGUUUAUGAAAGAACAAUUCGUGCACAAUGAUACAGAUCACGCUAACUGGAUACACUAUUCCAAACAUAACACGUCAGACAAAAAACAACCAUUAGAUUAUAAUACGAGAAAUAAUAGCAUAGACGGAAGUAGCCAUAAUCGCGUAGUGCCUGAAUUUUCAAUACAAACCAUUGACAAUUCAAUUGAAGACACCAAUAAUAGGGCGGAAACGAAAAAUAUACAAAAUAGUCCAAACUCCCCAACCUCUACUGGCGCCGAAGCGUCAUAUGAUGCGUUGUCAUCGAGUACAGACAAGGUAAUCGACCGCUUCGAACAAAAUGAAUUUUCGGAUCAUAGCGACACGGAGUCGUUCGCUCGCCUGUCCGAAUCUGUGUUCGAAGCGAUUGAGGAUACGCGAGACAGUAUUAUUGACAAACCGACCGAUGAGCUUAGAGUCAUAGAAAAAUCAAAAAAAUCAAAGCGGACGAGAACGUGUCCCAUUUGUGGAAAAAUAUAUACGGCUUCGUCGAGUUACUUUUACCACAUGAAACAUUUUCACCGGCAGAGUAAAGAGCACAGUUGUGACGUUUGCGGAAAGAAAUUCGGGACCCGCGGAGAUCUCCAGCAGCACGGCGCCGUUCAUACCGAGGAGUGUAAAUACGCGUGUCGAUCUUGCGAUAAGAAAUUUCGUUCGCGAGCGAGUUGGUACAUUCACGAACAAAUUCACGAGGGCAUCAAAAACUACAAAUGCUCCACUUGUGAGAAAUGUUUCCGGUGGCGGACGCACUUACAGCGGCAUACGUUGCGUCACGCCGCCGAAAAGAAACAUGAAUGUGCCACGUGCGGACGGGGCUUUUCGGUUCACUGUGACCUCUUACGCCACGCGCGGACGCACGCCGUCGGCAGCUUUGAGUGCGAGGAGUGCCGUGUGAAGUUCGCGCAAAUCAGGUACUUAAAAGCGCACAUGAGAAAGAAACACAGCGUGACUUCGACGAGCGAUAUCGGUUAAGCUACCGUAACGGUUCAGAGCUUUAAUUCGUAAGAAAAAAAGAAACUUGCAGGGUGGUUAAGUUGAAAAGAAAAUAUCUGAGCCCGCAAGAUACAGCAUAUGACAAUAUAAUGUGAUAUUAAUGCCCAUUGACAUUUCACUGCGUUUUUGGAUAAUUUUGAUUAAGUAAAAGAAAGAAGAAACAACUAUAUGGUUUAUAUUCAUAAAACUAUGUUGUGUUGAUGAAUGUUAAUGACAUCUCUGUAAUUAAAAAUUGCCAAAUUGAGAUGAACCUUA